UCUUUGAUGUUGUUGCGUAUUCUCGGGAGCUGCAGGCAGAUUUUAUUCGGCAAGAAGACAAGUGGGUGAAGAUGGUCGCGAUGGAACACAAGAGGAAGACUUCCUGGGAUUCCAAGAUCUCAGUGAGCACAGUAAGCACCCGACGAUUCAGCAGAGCAGGCACGCCAAGUUCGAUACUGUCUUCGGACAGCGACAUCCGGUUCACUCGCAAAUUGGGCAGUCAGUACAGGUGUGGCUGCUGUGUACUUGCCGCUUUCCUGUUGUUCCUACUUUUUGCUGGCGUUGCUAUCUAUCUUGGAUAUACGUUUCUACUAUCGGAUAUCCCACACGAUCAGAUUUUCCUUGCCACAUUCCGAGUGACGCGCGGCGACGCUUUUACUGCAGAGCUCGCAGACCCAAGCAGCGAAGUGUUCAAGCAACGUUCGAGGAUUUACCGCGACCGACUCAAUCUACUGUUCCGACGUAGUCAGCUGCAAAUACCGUUUGUCGCCGCUGAGAUUUUGGCGCUUGAUGGAAUUGAAAAUGAAGAUUUGCAAGUGCAUUUUGACGUACGUUUUGACAUCCGUUACGGCAAUGUUCAGACGUCAGACGUUCUAUCGAUUCUACAGCAUGAAAUGCAACUUGGAAAAUCACGAUUCUUUUCCAACUUGACAAUUGAUCCAACGAGCAUAGAAGUACAAGAAAGUAUAAGCGCUGUUGACAAAUUAGCUUUACAAUCCAACCAAACGCAAGAAGAAAUAAUGACAACGACAUCGCCACGACCACCAAGACGAUGUUCACCUAUCGAAUUCUCUUAUUGCAAACAUUUGCCAUACAAUACUACGUCUUAUCCGAAUUUCUUUGGUCAUGCGAAUUUGCAAGAAGUCAAUGAUGAUAUUAUUGCGUUUAGAGAACUGGUGGAUGCCGAAUGUUAUAAGCAAGCAUAUGACUUUAUCUGCCAAGUAUUGCAACCAGCUUGUAUCGCAGAUGACGACGAGGAUAGAUUACAAUUACCAUGUCGUGGAUUUUGUAAGGAAUUUUGGUCUGGUUGUGGCUCGCGUUUACCCGAGAGACUAAAGCAAGCACUCGAUUGUUCUAAGUUUCCCGAAUAUAUCGACGAGGGUAGUUGCCGUGCUAAAUCUGGUUGCAUUCGCGAGUUGCAGUCGGCGGCGUUGUCGUCACGUGUGUGCGACGGUGUGAUCGAUUGCCCUGACUUCGGUGACGAGCGUGACUGCGCUUACUGUCGCGACGGCCACGUGCACUGUGGCAUCGGCGCCGCAUGCGUGCCAAGCAACAAACGUUGCGACGGUAAAAUCGAUUGCCCGAAUGCCAGCGAUGAGAAGGAUUGCUUGUCGUUAGCACCAAGCUUAAAGUGGUUGAAGUUGCAACCCAGCGACAGUGUAUAUCCGUCGAGUUACCGUAGCGAAGGUUAUGCUGUGUUCAAUGAAAAGGGUAGUCUUGGUAAAAUUUGCACGGACAAUCUGAACAAUACUCUAGCGAACAUGGAAAUGCAAUCGGUCCUGCAGUCCACUGCUAACUCGCUCUGCACUAUAUUGGGUUACGAGGGCUUGGAGUCGGUGGAGGUGAGAACAGACGAUGAAGAGAACGUGUCGUACGUCCUGAUGCAGGACCCAACUGCCCCAGAGAUCAGCUUCGUUAGGGCGCCUUGCCCAAGCAAACAAGUUAUGUACGUUCGCUGUUCUCAACUAGCCUGCGGGGUGCAGGGAGUGAGGUACUCGAAGGUACGCAGCAGUAGCCUUGGCAAAGUGGCUGGUCCAGGCGAUUGGCCCUGGCACGCGGCCCUCUUCAAAGAGGACAACCACGUCUGCGAUGCCACUCUCGUCUCGGCAAAUUGGCUCCUCACCACUGCUUCGUGCUUCCAGGGACAACCAAAAGCCGAAUGGACAACACGUCUGGGUAGCAUCAGAUUGACAAGUAGUUCACCAUGGCAGCAAGAACGUCACGUGGUUGGUAUGGUCAAAUCACCAGUCGAAGGUAGUAGUGUGGUGAUGUUGAAACUCGACCGACCUGUGGGUCCUUAUUCGGAUUUCGUCAGACCUGUGUGUCUACCACCUGCUGGAGCUACCAAUCUUAUUGCCAAUGCAACGCAAUGUAACACACUUGGCUGGGCUAAGAAUCGUGACGUCUUACAACGAGUGCAGUUGAAGUACAACGCGAUGGCCAAGUGCGAAAAUGUGAGCAUCGCCUCAGUAAAUAGCGUUUGCACCGAAGCCGUCAAUAGUGAUGACUGUACCGAGGAGGAGGUGGCAGGUAGUCCUUUGUUAUGUCUGUUGCCCGACAGACGCAGGUGGGCAGUGCUCGGAGUCGCCAGCUGGCGCAUCGCUUGCGGUAGCAACCCCACGGGCAUCGAGCGACCAAGACUCUACGAUCAGGUCACGUCCAAUCUCGAUUGGAUUCAAUCUACCAUAAACUUAGCUUAAGUAUGUUUGGACGAAUGUGUGUUGAAGAAUGAUCAUUUAUUGUCAAUUCUUUUAAUUUAAAUAUCACGUGAGAUUGAAUGCUUUCUUUAUGUUAUUUGUGUUACUUUUACCCGGGUAUGAAAAGUUUUUGCGCAAAGAUUUGAUUGUCCGAUGAAAGAUUAUCUUAUACAUAUAUAUAUUCUAUGUCAGUUUAAUGUUUGAGAAAUAAGAAAUAUAUUUUAUUGAACUGAAUUUUAUACAUUAAAAAUCAGAUAGUUUUUUAAGCUACUGUUGUACGUUAAUUUUAGGUGAAAGACUUACCUGCGCUUACUAAAUGAC